AUGGCUACCUCCAUUCGUGGUCGAAUCAUUCAGAUAACUAACAUAUCACCAUCAUGUUCUCUGGAGCAGAUUCGGAUGCUUUUUGGAAAUAUAGGUGUUAUUGAAGAAUUAGUUUUGUAUCCGCCUGAAGGCAAUGAUUGCCCUAGCAAGGUUUGUUACAUAAGGUAUGCGGAUGCGAUUAAUGCGGAAGUUGCACUGCAUUUGCAUAACACUAUGUUUCUUGACCGGGCUUUGAUAGUUCUUCCCGUCGUGAGUGAGAAGGAUGUUAUUCCUGAUGAAAAGUAUGCUAAUCUUGUUCGGGCUCCAUUGCACACGUCCGCCGGGAUACAUCCACGAUCUGCUUCCUGGCCGCUUGACGUAAUCAGUAUGGUUGUUGGGCGUCCCGGUGAACAAGUCAUUCAGACGGUUGACCCACGCCUUACGACUUUGGGGUUCCCGGUGUAUCCUCCACUUCCUGCGGCCACUGACUGUAACCGCAUUGAGGAAAUUCGUCGUACAGUACUUGUCACCAAUCUUGAUCCUAAGGUUACGGGUGAAGAGGCAUGGCUGGAUUAUAGUGAUAUGGAUAAACCUGCACCGCUCCGCCGACAGUAUUAUCUUAUAUGCAGUUUCUUUUCACCAGCGUGUUCCAAAGCUAGACAGAUCAACUUAAAUGCACGGGUUCUUGAAUACUUCAACGUACACGCGGAAGUAAAGUGCGUUCGCAUGGCUGGGACUGAUAAUGAAAGGGCAGCAUACGUUGAAUUCACGGAACAGACUUCCAUUCUCAAGGCUUUUGGUCUUAUGGGAGGUACAAUCGGCGAUCGACAGGUCAUGGUCCAACAUUCGAAUUGUGCAAUUAUCAAACCCACUAGCAGUUUGCCUGGUCUGGAUGACACCGUAAAAAGGACCUCUCCUCCUCAUAAUCCUCAGCUAAGCACGUCAUCGCGAUUGAGAAGUCGGUCGCGUUCCAGAUCCCGUGGUCAUCGUUCCCCUUCGAGAAGUCGGCGUCGUCGAUCUCGAAGUCGCCGUGGGCGUUCAAGGUCACGUUCUCAUCGGCGUCAUUCUAGGUCGCGUAGUCGUGAUAAAAAGCGCGAAAGCCGAGAAAGGUCAAGAUCUCGGGGUCGUCGAUCCUGCCGUACGCGAUCAACCUCAAAUCGCCGUAGUAGUCGGCGUAGUCGUUCACGUGACCGUCGUCGGCGCUCGCGUGAUAAACGCGACCGAGAUCGGCGUGAUCGACAUGAAAAAGAUCGCUCAAGGGAGAGGGCGCGUCAUGAUCGUCGUAGCCGCUCUAGGCAUCGACGCUCUCGUUCUCGAGGUAAGGAUCACGGUUCCUCUCGUCGACGUGAAUCAGUACAAAAGGAGGAUAAGCAUGAUCGCCAAGCCUCCACAAGUAAUUCUAGAGAUGCCAAAAUGUCAAAGGAACGCAGCGCUAGUCGUGUUAGCCUCGAGAAUGGUCAAAAAGCCAAGAAGUUAAAGGAGCAGGAUGAAAAGACGAAAGACUCGGAGUCAUCACCAGUCGCUAAAGAACUUGCUAACGGGGGUCCCGCAGGGAAAGAAAAAUCGCCCAUUUCAAAGAAACCAGUAGGCGUUAAGUUAGCCGGUCCUGAGGAUGACAUUGAGGGGUAA